GCAGUGAUGCAAGUGGCCUGCCAUUGGCUGAGAGGUGCGGGGAGAGAGACAGCCCGAUUCUGUCUACCCCCGUCUCUUUCCCCAGCCGGGUUCUGUAACAGGCAGGACGGGGGAUCGUAGCCACACAAAGAGGAGUCGGCAUAAUCGACAGCGUGGUGAGGGGACUGCAGACAGGCUUUGGGCGGCCGUCCACUCUGCUUCGCUAAAGAUAUACACGGAGGAACUCGUCCGGUCGAACACAGCUUUAAAGUUCUGGCAGUGGCCAUGGAUGGGAGUAGUGGGGAGGGUACUAUCUCACCAUCGGGCGAUUUGUCAUCUCCUCAGUCGCUGCAGACAUCACCUAACCCGGACAGCAGCGGGUUGCCCGGUGACUCUGGCCAAAUCUUGGCCGGUUCGAGCCCCAAGCCUGUUACUUCUAUGGCAGGCUUACAGGGAGCGGGCAGCCAGGUGAUCGGGGCAAAUCGUUCCUCACCUGUUGGAUCUCCGGGAUCUGCCGUUCCUGCCGUGUCAGUGGCCAAGUCUUACGCGCCCGGUAUCGUUUCGGCGGGUGCCCUAUCCGCUUGUGGACCCAAACAUCCGUUGGAACCACUCCCCUUGGGUCUGACGGCUCCUCGACCGGGUGGACCGAGUCAAGUGAACAGCUACGGACUUCACGGUGGCCGAAUUCACACGGCCUCCCCGCCUGGACUUACUACAGACGCAACGGCCAACGAUUGUCGUCUCAUUGACUACAGAGGAGCUAAAGUGGCUGCAUUCUUAGUCAAUGGUGAAUAUCUGCUGUGUCUACCGCAAGCCUUCGAACUUUUCCUCAAACAUCUGGUAGGAGGACUUCACACAGUUUAUACAAAACUUAAGAGACUAGACAUUACACCCAUCGUCUGUAAUGUGGAGCAAGUAAGAAUUCUGAGGGGUCUAGGUGCCAUACAACCGGGUGUCAACCGCUGCAAACUAUUGUCUUGCAAGGACUUCGAUUCUCUCUACAAAGACUGCACGACUGCCAGUUCCAGGCCUGGAAGACCACCGAAACGUGCCACCAUGGUUGGACUCAAUCAUAGCCCUGCCAAUCACAACAUGCUCUUGAAGAAAUCUCGUUUGGACUCCGACUAUUCCAGCUACGAAAACGGACAUAUCACAGCUGAAAGGUUGGACAAAACGCACAUACUUCCCAACGGGUAUAGUCAUCAUGCAGCAGCCCAAGCAGCAGCAGCCGUGGCAGCCGCAACAGCUGCCCCACCUCACAUCAAUCCACUACCUUUCAUGGCUCUCAACCAUGCUGCGGCACAUCACAACUCUAUGAUACCAGCCACAGUAUCUCUACCCCUCACAGCCACUAGUCACACCCAUUCGCAACACGGACUCCCAUCUCGCACUUCCGACACGACGGUUAUCAAAGAGAGGCAAUCGCAUCCUACUGACCUCAUGACGUCAUCAAGGUUAAGAGAAGAAAGAUCGGAUGUUGCGGAAACAAAAGAUCGACUUUAUGGAUUCGAUAGUCAUCGUAUGAAAGAUCCUUCUUUCUUAAAUGGAGCCUCUGCCAACGGUCACAGUCCUGUCCUUAAUCUAUCUCAAAACAGCAGUAGAGGGGGUCUAGGUGCGGGCGGUGGCACAAGCAACGGUGGUGGAGAUCACAGUGGAAGCGAUACUGCUUAUAACGACGGGCCAGAUGAUGACGAUAACGAUAGCGAAGACGAUGACGAAGACGACAGGGAGCAAGAUCUGAGUGACAAUCCAGAUGUCAGCAGCACAGCAAACACAGAUCGGUUGUCGAGUCAACAAUUACCGUUCCCUAACGUUGUGGGUGACAGUGGUACUGUAUCUGGACAGGGAUCGUCUUCCAUCGAGACUCUGUUAAGAAAUAUCCAAGGUCUACUAAAAGUUGCUGCUGAUAAUGCAAGACAACAAGAAAGACAAAUUAAUUUAGAAAAAGCUGAACUGAAGAUGGAGAUCAUGAGAGAAAGAGAAUUGAGAGAAAAUAUGGAAAAGCAGCUAUUAGAAGAACAACGAACAAGAAUACUUUUUCAAAAACGUUUGAAAAAAGAGAAAAGGUCCAGACGUAGAGUACAAGAUCAAUUAGAAUCGGAGAUGAAGAAACGGUCCCAGUAUGAGGAUGCUCUAAGGACAAGUUCUGCAGAAACUCUUCGUCUUUUGAAUGAAUCUUUGGCUCAAGAAUUGGAGAGGGAGAGAGCCUCCAGGCCAGAGAACGAACACAAGAUGCAAGAUUGUCCCAUGUCGGUGUAGUGGAAACUAUCGAGUCAUUUUCACAACAUUUCCAGCAAUCGUCCCGUCACAAGAACAGCCUCUUCGAAAAACCAAUAUCACCACCACCAGGCUGGAGUGUUUAGUGGCAUCUCAGACACCUCCAUUAUGUAGACAUAUCAAAAAAACAUCCCGAAAAAAAAACAUGGCUAACGACAUUUAAAAAAAAGAAACAAACAAAUAUACAAAAAAAAAAACAAACAAACUUGUACCCAUUUAAUCCAUUGGAAUAUGUCAAUUGUCAUUACUUUAUGUAUUUGCAAUUUGCACCUACGUCUCGAGAACGUCGAGAAUAACGGAAAAACAUUUUAAAAAAACACAUAAAAAUUCAUCUAAAAACCGAAGAAUGCAGUCAGAGUUCAGAGUUCAAUUCUAAAAAAAAAAAAAAGAAAAAAAAAUCUCUCUCCCUGCACUUUCUAGGAGUUGUCACUCGGAGAAGUAAUUAUAUAAAAAAAAUAAUAAUAAUAAUAAAAUAAAAUAAAAAAAAUUAAACAAGAAGACCACAUACCGCUUCGUAGUUGGGUUUUACUUCUCAAUAGCUCACAGUUGUCCGGUACAUAUGUAUAUAUAUAUAUUAUCUGGAUUUAUGUAUGUGUGUAGUUUGUGUGUAUUUGUUAAUCUACUUAUCUUCCCACCGCAGCAAGUUACCCCCCAGCACUUUGCCGAAGAAGAAGAGAGAAAGCUAUACAUAUCAGGAUGGUUAUGAGAUCUUUAUGAUGUAUAAUAGAAGCAUUUACUUUAAAAAAAAUUAAUAAUAAAAAAAAUUGCCUAAAUGUUAUAUAUAAAAAAAUAAAAAUAAAACUCUUCGGACGAAGGGUGUGUUAGUUUGUAAGAUUUGAACUGUUUAAGAGGGGAAAAAAACAACAAAAAACGCAUUUAAUACUCUAUAUAGACUUUUUAGAACGGAAGGAAGGAAGUAAAGAAAGUUGUUGAUCAAUUUGAAUUCGUUAAAAAAGUUCCCAAAUUUCUAAAAAAAAAUAUUAGUGAUUAUUAUUAUAAUUAUUAUUAUUAUUAUUAUUAUUGUACUUUUUUGUCCUCUGAUGUUUUCCAAAAAAAAAGAAAAAAAAAUGUUUUAUACAUAAAUUGUCACUAGUUUUUGUUUGAAAUGCUCAAACAGAAAUAAAAAACGAGUCAUUGUUCAGUCAAAAUGCACAAGUUGGCCAAACUGAAACUACUUAAAGCAAAUUUUGAUAUACUUAAGUUAAAAACAAAAAAAGAACAGAGAUUUUUUAAAUAUGAGGUAUGUAAAUAACGAGCAAAUAGGCUCAUAAGUUCUAUUAUUAUUAUAAUUUUUUCUGUGUUUAUUUCCGAUGUUCCCCCCUCCUGUUAGUUCGUCAAUUGUCCAGAAGAGGGAACCGCCGAACGAGUGGAGGAGUGGAGAUUGUUAUCUCGAGAAUGGUAACAGAAUAUACAGAAACUGAAGUAAAAAAAAAAAAAAAAAAAUUGUACUAAAUGGUUACGUUGAGAAUAACUAGUAACACCCUAAUUACUGCCUUGGAUAUGCUGUAAAAAUAUGUUACGGGAACCAACAGAA